AGUCCUGCGUUAGUUUUUGACACACAAACAUGGAUAAAACUAAUUCUAAUUGUGAAAAUCAUAAGAAUAGAGAGAUGGGUGGCGGUGGUGAUAUGAAAUGGCAAAAGGAUGCUGCUGAUCAAAAUUUUGAUUACAUGUUCAAACUGCUCAUCAUAGGCAACAGUUCUGUAGGAAAGACAAGUUUUCUGUUUCGGUACGCUGACGACUCCUUUACCUCAGCUUUCGUGUCGACCGUCGGGAUUGACUUCAAGGUCAAAACCGUGUUCCGUCACGACAAACGCGUAAAACUUCAGAUAUGGGAUACUGCAGGUCAAGAGCGCUACCGUACUAUCACUACGGCAUAUUACAGGGGGGCAAUGGGUUUCAUUCUUAUGUACGAUAUAACAAACGAAGAAAGCUUCAAUAGCGUUCAAGAUUGGGUUACACAGAUAAAAACGUAUUCCUGGGAUAAUGCACAAGUUAUUUUGGUUGGAAAUAAAUGCGACAUGGAAGAAGAAAGAGUCGUUAGUCAGGAACGCGGCAGACAGCUGGCCGAGCAGCUAGGCGUUGAGUUCUAUGAGACCAGUGCUAAAGAAAAUAUUAAUGUUAAGACGGUGUUCGAACGACUGGUCGAUAUAAUCUGCGACAAAAUGUCGGAGAGCCUGGACUCGGAGCCGGCGAUGCUCGCGGGCGGCGCUCGCGGACAGCGCCUUACGGAGCAGCCGCAGGGCAACAACAACCCCGCUUGCAACUGUUAA